CGCGGUAAACACGCGUCGAAAGGCGCCAGGAGAAUCCUCUUUUUCUCAAUCAAUCAAUCCUAGGGUUUGCUGAUUGAUAAUCAAAUCCUCUGUGAAAGAUUCUGACUUUUGUUUCCUUCUUCGUGAUCUCGUUAGCUGAUUGACUAAUCCCAUCUUGGGUUUUAACCUGAGAGAAAGUGAUUCGUGUUUGGAUGGUGGAAAUGAGGAGAUCGGAGUCUGAAUUGUCGGCGAAGUGCCGAGCCGAGUUUCCGGUGAAGCUGGAGAUCGUGGAGGAUGAUUUGGAGGAAGAGCACGGUCCUCUCAACAAGCGAUCUAGGUUAUGGAGCUGUGGGACUAGCUCGUCGCCAAUGGCACCGGCCAUGUAUAACCCUCUUGAUGAGCCGAGUCCUCUUGGACUAAGCCUUAGGAAGACUCCGUCUUUGUUGGAUUUGAUUCAGAUGAGGCUAACGCAGAGUGGUGACUCAAAAGCUGAGACGAUGCAAACGACGGGUGUUAAGAAAGAGAGUAAAUGUAUCACUGCUGCAUCAGCUGGGGCGACGUUAGCUCCAGGGAGUAUUGAGAAGCUGAAAGCUUCCAACUUUCCUGCUUCAGUUUUAAAGAUUGGCAAGUGGGAGUACAAAUCAAGGUAUGAAGGUGAUUUGGUGGCGAAGUGUUACUUUGCAAAACAUAAACUUGUUUGGGAAGUGCUGGAACAAGGUCUUAAGAGUAAAAUCGAGAUCCAGUGGUCGGAUAUUGUGGGGUUAAAGGCAAACUGUCCUGAAGAUGGACCUGGAACGUUGACUCUCGUGCUUUCUAGGCAGCCCUUAUUUUUCCGGGAAACAAACCCACAGCCUAGAAAACAUACUUUGUGGCAGGCAACGUCAGACUUUACCGAUGGCCAAGCUAGCUUGUACAGGAAGCAUUUUCUGCAAUGUGCUCAAGGGAUAAUGAACAAACAUUUCGAGAAGCUUGUGCAGUGUGAUCAUCGCCUGUUCCAUCUAAGCCGUGUGCCAGAGAUAAUCAUGGACUUUCCCUACUUUGAUGCUCGGCAAUCUAUCUUUGAGGAUCCAAGUGAACGAAAGGGCUAUCCUUAUGGGAAUUUGAAUCUUGGCAUAGGUCCUUCAAUAGCAUCUCCCGUUGGGGCUCAGUCAUCAUCUGAACAUAUGUAUCUGUCUCAUGAAGCACCAUCUCCCAGCUCAGAUGCUCGAGCAAAUGAAGGAACUGGGGGUGCUGAAGCAGUCAAUUCAAGAAACACAACGGAUUGUGGUCAGAUCGGACUACACAAAGCUAUAUCACUGAGUGAUUUCCUUGCAGUUCUCGGUGAUUCAAAGAAGAACACUACGGAUUCGUAUCAGGUUGAAGAAGAAGCUGGGGUGAAUCAAUCUAUGUCAGUGAGUGAUUUGGUUGCAUUCUUAUCUGAUUCAAGAAACAUAACCGAUUCAAGUCAGAUAAAAGUACCUGGACUACAACAAUCCAUAUCAGUGAGCGAUUUUGUUGGACUUCUCUCUGAUUCUGCUGGUGGAAACCAUCCGGAAGAUAUGGAGAAAUUCGAGAUCUUGAAACAGCAAUUGCUAAGUGAUAAUAUCCAGUUCGAUACACCAGAUGAGAAGUCUCUCAUGCCAAGGGUUAAUUCUUUAUUCAACCUCUUGUACAAGGAACCCAACGUUGCUGCAAACUCACAGGUCAAUACUGAAGUCUCGGUAGGAUUUAAGUCUGAACUCCAUGAUCUGAAUGGGACAGUGUCUGCCAACAGCAACAGCAACAGAGUUGUUGAUCCUGCUUCCAGCAGCAAGCCACAGGGUAUGUUAAGAAAAGACUCGUUCAGCGAUUUGCUCUUACACCUCCCCCGAAUCACAUCCUUGCCAAAGUUCUUGUCCAACAUUUCAGAAGAAGAUGGUGAUGCAUAUAAAUAGAUAAUUCUAUAGAUUCUGCUUUUGUUUUCAUGAUUUGGCAAGUAUAGAAGCCUGAACUAUUAGCUUUUUCUAUUUUAUCAUGUGAAUCAAAAUUCUCUUUUGGUUA